AGAUAACAUUGACUAAAAUGAGUGUCACCAAACCGAUAGAUCAAGCAAAAAGUUAUGUUCAUUUUAUGUUGCUGUCAUUAAAGAUUGUUGGAUGUUGGGAAUGGUAUCCACACGCCGUAAAUAAACAAAUUUACGUAAACAAUAUUUAUAUCUGCAUGGUUUUAUUUAUUUUGACUAAUCUACCUUUAUCAUUGGUUGUACAUUUGUACACCGAAUGGACGGAUAUAAUGUCAAAUUUGGACAAAAUGGCGGACGGGUUGCCUCUUUUUGUAUCUGUGGCGAUUGUGGCGUAUUUUGCAAUUUAUAAAAAAGAGUUGUAUGAAUUAAUCGAGUUUAUGAAUGUUAAUUUUAAAUGGUAUUCAGCGAAUGGACUCACCAAUAUGACGAUGGAAGGCUGCUAUAAAACUGCGAGGAAUUUCGCUUAUUUCUACACAGCUUGCACUGUUUUUAGUGUUGCCAUGUAUGUUGUGUUACCAAUGAUUGGCUAUUUGCUCUUCAGUCAUCCACUCCAUCCAUGGAUAUAUAAGGACGUCGAGGAUGGUCUGUUUAUCUUUUUCGUAUUUUUCAGACAAUGCGUAGCACAAGGAUUUGUAGCUUUAGCCGUGGGGCAGUUAGGUGUAUUUUUUGCAUGCAAUGCCAUUCUGCUCUGUGGCCAGUUGGACUUGCUUUGCUGUUCCUUGCGUAAUGUCCGGUACACGGCUCUGCUCCAAAACAACGUGGCUCACGAAGCUUUAAAAAUUCAGGGCUAUCGUAGCAUUCUAGAGGAUGAACAGCAUAGCUAUACGUACAAUAUUUCGACGGAGACUGAAUCCAGCUACCAUUAUGAUGUGGAGGACCCUAGCAGGAGUCGAUUCCUAGUUCGAAAUAUAAAAUGUCUUGUGAAGACUUCCAGCCAUCAAGGUGAUGAUGAAAUUUACGAUGUUAUAUAUUUUUCAGUUUAUCCAGCACGGAAAGAAACGACGUUUCGAUAUCAACAGUAAACACUAUGAUGAUGGAACUGCUCGUGCGAUACUAGAGUGCGCACGCGUUUGUCAAGUUGUGAAGGAAUAUCAAGACAGAUUUGAGACAUUUGUGUCGCCGCUACUUGCAUUACGCGUUGUACA